AAGAGACAGAGUAGAAUGUCAGGCAACAAAGAAAGGAAGAGUCAAGGAGUUCCUGAAGAAGCUCUGGCUAACCAAGGCACAUCUACAUUAACUGACGCUGUAGAGCAAGUUGCAAAGCAACAACAAUCACAAACAUCAGAAAUAGAAAAAAACAAAAAAGUUUUGUUCCAUUUGCAGAAUGAACUCCAUGAGCUUGAAAAACAAAUAGCAUCUGUCUCUGCAGAAACUAAAGAAAUAGAAAGGCAAAUUUGUCAGCAAGAUGCUGCCAUAGAGAAUGCCAAACUUCAGUGUGGGAACCUGGAAACUCAAAUCAAAUCCUUACAUACAGAAAAUGUAAAGCUUAAAUUUGACAUAGAAGCAGCCCAAGAAGACUUUGAGGAACACAUGAUAAGAUAUAAUGAAUACUACGCAAAAAUAAAAGAGCAUAAAGAUGGUUGGGGGGAGGUAGAAAGCAAAUGGUCAUUCAUGACUGUACUUCAUGAAAAACGAGAUCUUGUUAAAAAGCUAAAAAGCAUGAAAGAGGAACUUAUGCAAAAUCUCCAAAAUCCAGAAGGAAAUCACAUAAAACAAGUACAGGAAGACAUUACAGAGUUAAAGGAUAAAAUUGUAACUGUAAAAGAAUCUAUCACUGAAAAAACUUGUUUUCUUGAAGAAGAGAAAAAGACACAUGAAAAAUUAAGAAAAGAAAUAGAGGUGCAACAUAAGAGAUAUGGUGCAAUUCUUAAGCGUUUGCAUUGUCAGGUGAACAAAAUUCAGUCAAAUAAAAGACAAUGGCAAUGGAACAUUCACCAAUUGGAAAAAACUGCAGCUGAACUAAGAAAACGCAUUGGAAUGAAAGAUUAA